AUGGCGGCCGAUAGUGACGGUGAUCAACAGAAACGGACAAACAGUAGUAGUAGCAGCAGGCGUAGAAAUGCCGGAAGCGAAGGGUACCGAAACAAGAGCUGCAGCAACAGCAGCAAAUGCAGUAGUGUCAGUGAAAAUCAAAGCAAUAGCAGCACUCUAAAGGCGGUUGUUAUAUGCGAAGGCAACUUGCACGAUCCUGACUUUCCGACGCGACUCGAAAGCUUGGUAGAAAGUUUAGCGACGCUCGUGGAAGAAAAGCAACCGGAGAGCGAUGGCGGAAAGGAGAAACAGGACACCACCGGCAAGCUUACGGUCGAUAAGGUGGAACCGUGGAACAGUGUGCGCGUUACCUUAUCGAUACCGAAGGAGGCGGCCGUACGGUUGCGGCGGCUUGCUGCCGAAGGAAACAGCGCACUCCGGGCGCUUGGCAUCCUAUCCGUACAGCUGGAAGGUGAGACGGUACUGUCGUUGCGGUUAGCCGGCCAGCAGGAAAUUGUUUUGCGGACGGAUAACUCCACAGUUGAUGGUGCAGUUGCUGGCAGUAGUGGAAGUUCUGGGGGUUUGGGUGAAUUAACACGUGUUCUAUCCCAGCAACAGCAUCAAGCUGGUUUGCAACAUCAAACCCAACCACAUCCUGCGGGUUUACAUCAACCUCAAGGCGUUUAUACUCAACCAAUACCUCCGCCACAACAGCAACAGCAGCAGCAGCAACAACAACAUCUCAUCCAACUGCAACAACAGCACCAUCUUCAGUUGCAACAGCAGCAACAACAGCAGCUGCUGCAUGGUUCAGUCGAUGGUAAUCCCGGUCCCAGUACCUCCAAGAUUGUGCACUCGAAUCUGCCGAAAACUCUCAGCAAUGGUCCAGUACCGCUGGAUGUGGUCGGCGGUGGAGUCGGUGGAAACGGGCCACCCGUAAUGUUCAAGUCACCAAACACAAUCUGCCCGAUGGACGGCAAGGUGCCCGCCCAUGUGCCAAAUGUGGUCGAUGCCUGCGAGUAUCCGUUCGAAAGUAUGACACAGGCAAGGGUGAUACAGCGGCGCGAGAAUACGCUCGGACUGAGUGGCAGUAGUAGUGUGGCGGUAACGGCUGGUCCCUCCAUCGCCACAGUUGCCGGUGUCGGUGUUGGGCUGGCGGCUAAACCUUCAAAUGGUCCGUUCGUAGCAGCACCCAUCGGUGCUGGUCCAAUACAACCACCGCCACCAUAUCAAUCUGCGGUCGGAGCGGGAAGUGGGAUUGUAGCCAAGGAUGGUCUAGUUGUACCAUCAGGAGCGACAACGACGGCGACGGUUGUGUCGGGUUCGAUACCGGUUGCAGUGGGCACAGCAAGUGCGGGCAACAAUGUGGCCAUGUCGAGCCCUUUGCUGGUAAACUUGCUGCAAAAUGAGAACAGUCCACAACAAACCGUUUCGCCCCAGCAGCAACAGCAGCAGCAGCAGCAAUUAAUGCGCGGUGUAGGACAACAACCCAUCUUGAAGCAGGAAUUGUUGAUAGCUAGUGGAAAUGGAGGUGGUGGUGGUGUAGUGAAAGGUGGAGUCAUUCCAAACAUGUCGCAAACGGCAUUGUUGACACAGCAAAGUGUUGUCGGUGGCAGUUCGGUGUCGAACAUGAGUGACAAUGAUCCGAGUGUGCACGGUGUUGUAACGGGAGGCGGAAACCUUAAGAGUGGUAACUCUGUGAACCAUCAAAUGUCGAGUGUAAACCAACAGCAACCGCAUCUAGUGCAUCAUCCAGUGAUUGGCGGGGCACCGACGAUGGCCACGUCCAUGGUUUCCGCAAGAGGGGCGACAGUUUCUGCCGUCGCUCCACAGCAGCAGCAGCAGCUGACCUUAGUGAAUAGUAAUAGUCCAUUGCGUGGCACUGCGUCCACAACAGUGCCGGGUGUGUCGGGCACGAUGCUCAGUGCUAGUAGUGGUGUGAAUAGAAUUAAUAAUAUGACUUCAAUGACAGUAGCAGCGGUGACCGCUGUAACGCCCGCGAACAACAGUAGUGACAGUAACGGUAACAAUCAGAGUGCGUUGAAUGUGUCGCCUUCUUCUCUAGUAACUCCACCAUUGUCAGUGCCUUCAAAUAGCAACAGUAGCAGCAGUAACGCCACCUCCUCCUCCACCUUCAACACGAUCAAGCUGCAACGAUACAGUCUCGUGGCGGGUCCAUCUACGAGCGGGGUGGGAGCGGGAGGAGUAGCGGUGGGAUUGGGUCCAGCCGUACGGGCAUCACAGCAACUCACGGCACCUAGCGGCGUGGUGUUGUCCGGCAACAAUCGAGCACCUGUGAUGGGACCGUCUCAUAGUCAUCCGCAGGGAAUGCGACCGCCCCAAACUCCAUCACCAGCGUUCCAGCUGCAGGACCAACUGCAAAUGCAGCAGCCACAACCACAACAACAUUCCCAGCAACCGAAUCGUUUCCCGAUUCAGCAGCAGCAGCAGCAGCCGGCCCAACAGCAACAGCUACCGUUUCGACAGCCAAAUCCAAUGCCUUCUCCGUCACCUCAACAACAGCAGCAACAGCAACUACUGCCGGGACAUCAGUCUGUUGGUUACGCUCAACGAUGGCCAACGUUGCCGAUGGAUUCGGCCACCAAAUCCGGCUACCAGGAGUUCGCACGCUUUCAGAUGCAGUACAAUCUCACUCAGCAACAGCUGAACAAGCCUACUGCAUCGCUGGGACAGCAGCAGCAGCAGCAACAACAGUCACAACCGCUUGAUGGGGUCGUAACAACCGCAAGCGCAUCGCCCAACGUUGGCUCCGAUCCGCUAGAACUGGGCAACUGUCUGGUGGAUCUGCCCGAUUUGGCGAAAAAUGAUCUAGACUCGUUGCUACCGAGCGAUCUCGACAGUAGCGUGUUUCUCGACACGAAGCUGGAGGAUCUGGACGAGUUGGAUUUAAUGGAUCAGCAGCAUCAGCACCAUCAUACGCUGCUAGGUGCGGGCACGCUUCCACAACCAGGUGAUAUUGCAACGGCCGCCGGCACACUGCUUGGCGGUGGUGCAUCCGGUAAUGGCUCUGUAGUGGCCGGACUCACCGGUCUACCAAUGGGAGCACCGACUGGCGCGAUGUUGAACGAUGUACAGGCACGGGAACGACGGUGGAAGGCGCAACUGCUAAUCAACCCGCUCACGGGUGAGCUAGAAGAAACGCAAGUGGAAGAAGGCACGGAAGAAGCGGAGAAUGGCAGUAAAGCAGGAGGAAGGCAGGGAAAACUGAACAUGGUUCGUGUAAAUGAUUUCCCACCUGAGGUUCCGAAUUCGUUGUAUUCGGAUGAAGAUACAACCGGUAGCGCUGGAGGACUUUCGUCGUCACGGUUCUUUUCGGAUGCGAGCGAUUCCGAUCGUCCCUCACCAAUAUCGGGCAUUGUGUCCAUAGAGGGGGGAAGUGGUAUCAACACCGCUAUGGGCAAUGCAGUUUACGGCAGUGCACCGUCAACAUCUGUUGCUAGCAAUAGUAGUGGCAUAAUGACCAUGCCACUGACAGCGGCAACGGGUACAGGAAAACCUGCCAAGGUUAAGAAGGAACGCGCGAAACCAGUCAAGGGCAAGGACAAACUAAAAUCACCGCUAGCGUCAAAGGACAAGCCGAAGGAAAAGGCGAAAGCCUCUUUGAAGACCGUCGUGAAGCAGAAAGCAAAAGUGCUCUCCACGUCAGUGGUGCUUGUCGAUGGGGCAGGAUCCGGGGAUUCGCCAAGCAAGAAUGGAACCGAGUUGAAGCUACGUUUGAAGCUAGAAAAACCGGAAUCUAUGGCCGUACGGGAAGGUGGAAGUAUGCGUGUAGGUGGAAUGGGCAUUUUACCAUCGGCGGUGAUGGUUGGUUCCACGAGUUCCGGUACCUCUGCAGUGUUUGUAAACGCAAUCGCACCGGUUGAAAGGUUAACGCCAGAAAGCGAUGGGACAGCGUUAAUGACAUCGUUGCAGUUAAAUCCCGCUUCCCAUGUUCAGCAGUCGCCCGUGGCUACAUCCGUGUCAGCAAUAGUCAGUCAGGACGCGGGAAGUAGCUCCAUUAGUAGUGCAACCAAUUUUGCCACCACAUCUACGUCACUCGUUGCCAGUAGUAGCACAAACAGUAGUAAUAACAGUAUCGCCAUCACCACCGGCACUACUGCACAAGCUGCUGCUGCUGCUAGUGCGGGAGAAGAGCUGCGUGUGCCACCGUUGCACAUAAGCCUGCGGGGGAAGAAUUCCGUAGUUAUAAAGAAUUCCCGUAAGGAUCGUAAGAAGAGUCAAAGCGGUGGAGAGGAGGACAGCAGUGAUGGUGGCGGUGUUGCGAAACGAUCCUCCACUGUUAAACGUACUUCGCUUGAGUUAAACGCUCCGGCCUCCGGUACUGUGACGACUGGCUCAACAACAUCACCCCCUGCUUAUCACAAUCACACCGGAGUUGACACGGGGCCACUAAAAAGUACAGGUGGUACCGAGUCGCCGGACCAUGGAGGUGAAGCACCUUUCAGUUCCCAGAAGCGUUCGGCGGUGGAUGGAACGAAUGAAAGUGGUGGUAAUGCAGGUAGCGGCCCAGCAUCCACCGGCCAUUGUCCAAACGGAUACGUUUGUCCGGAAAAGAAACGAAGGCUCAGCAAUGGUGGUAGCAGCGUUAGUUUAACCGCAAGUGGUACCAGCGCACUGAGCACGUCUCUCAACAGUAGCAGUAGCAACAUCUUGGUCACAGAACCGGUGACCACACCGACUACCGUCACUACCAGCGUGCAGGAAAUAAACGAUAUCUACGAAUCGAUAGUAACGACCAGCGCAAGUGGUCCGAUUGGUUCGACGAACGUCGGUACGGUACCGACGUCCAAUCUGCUCCAGUCGGCUACAAAAAACUCCAAGAGCUCCGGUGCGAAUAAUGCUAACAGCAGUGGCGGCAAUAACAUAAACAAUAAUAAUAUCAACAUAAACAAUAAUGGUGGCAGUUAUGGUAAGAAUCAGAAAAAUCUCGUCAAAGCAUCGAUGGAUAGUGCUGUUGUUGUGAGCACGGCAACGGUGACCGCAGCACAACCAGCAAUCGUGUCUUCGGUGCUGUCUGAUGCAUCGACGGACAGCAGCAGUAAGGGUGAAAGAGCAGCAUUAGCAUCGUCAACGGAGACAUCUUCAAUAAACCCCAUAAGCCACACUACUGAUAGCAACACCAUCAUCACCACCACUAUCACUACAACCAUCAUCAAUACCACCACCACCAACACCACCACCACCACACCAACAUCUACCUCAAGCGAGAAAUCCUCCCUAAACGUGGAAAGCCAUCCUUCGAAGCGACCGUGCGUAGAGGAGGAGGAUUCCCAGCAACAGCAAGAGCUGAACAAAAUUAACACCAUCCUACAUCACGAUAAUCAUCAGCAUCACCUCCAUCAUCAUCCGGAUCAGUUGCAGGAACACCAUAGUAAAAAUCGACCACCGGAGCAACUGCUGGCGGACGGGCCAUCAGAGGAGGAUGGGCAUAAAAGUAAAGCCGACACUACAGCCGACACUGUCGCAGCAGGAAAAGGUUCUGGCACCAGUUCCCCACACUCUCCCGUGUUGACAAACGCGGCUGGGAUUGCUAGUGGCACGACGGGUGCAUUGACAACGGCGUCGACAAGCACCACAGGGGUGGGUGUUGCGGUUGGAGUAAACCAUCAUCUGCUCGGACAUUCGAAUGUCCGGGGCUCACCAGGAUCUCAGGCACAGGGUGAGGACAGUGGCAUAGACUCUAUGGAUGCACUGUCGGAGAAAAGUCCCCAUCAACUCUCGACGCACAGCCCGCAGGGUUCGCACAGCAGUGGCGGGGCGGGCAGCAACGGUGGGACUGCUGGUAGCAUCGGCGGUAUCAGUAGCAGUAGCGGUAGUAGCAGUACAAGUACUAACAUUCUCGAGGGAAAGCAAAUGCCUGCGGUCGAUAGUCUCCAAUGUGAUGACGGAAAGGUGCGGGAAGGAAGUGGAGCUGGCGACGUGGAACAUUCGCGGUCAGAGAAAAUCACACCCGAAAACCAAAAGGAACUGGCCAGUACACCGUUGCUCGAUGCAAACAUGGAGGACUACAAUGACAUUGAGGCGGCACUAGCAAAGAUGGAAGGAUUAAAUGACCUUGCGGUAGCCAUGAACUGUGGUAGUGGUGCGGAUCCAAAGCUAAACGGCGAUCAUUCCAUACUCCUGAAACCGUCAAACAUGCUUCUCGAUCACAAUCAUCACGAAACCACCACCUUGGAGAGCAUAGACCAGACGACGAAUCUGAGAAAGAUCCUGGACAUGGGCUUGGAAGAGGAACAAAAGCAACAGCAGAGUAUUAUUGACACGGGAAAUCUUCUCGACGGAGCUACACACGUGAAUACUGUGGCAGACGAUGAACAAGUAGUAGAGCAGAAGCAGCAGCAACAGCAGCACAGACAGCAGCAACAGCUUCCAGAAUCCCCGACGGGCAGGAAGAAGACCGGCAUUGAAAAGCGUGACUCCAUUGGGGGCAAACAUAAGACAGCUGUAAAAACGUCCAAUGUCGCUGAUAGAGAAAUGCAAAAACAUCCUCAACAUCAGCAGCAUUUGCCGUCCGAUGCCAUCAACCCGGAGAGCAAAUUGAUCGCACAGGUACCAGCGAGCAACAACAAUCAUCCGGAAGAGGAACGAAAAAUGCUUCCGGCCGUUACGUCAGAUCUCGAUGCGAUAGUUUUCGAUGGUAUUGAUGAUGAUGGGAGCGCUGUUCCGCCGCAGUCUGCUGAUGAAUGUUGCAACCAUAGUAAAGAUAUCCCUAGUGUGAAAAGCGAAUGUGAUAGUAAGGUAAUGUUGUUAGUGGACGAUAAACAACUCUUAGUUAAGUCUGAUCCCGACGAGGCUAUCGUUAGUAGUGUAAAGAAGAGUUUAAGAAAAUCUUCUGACGAACGGCAGUCAGUUACCGUUGUCACCACAGCUAGCACACAAGCUGUUGCUGUUGCUGCUACUACUGCUUCUGUUACUGUGAAGCUCGAGCCAACACCACCGUCUCCAGCAUCAACGACGACGUCGCCUGCUGUGGGCGAAUUGAAAGUGGAGCCCAAAAGUCCCGACACUGCUGAGCCACACAUCGAUCUGAAACCGCGCCACGAACAACCACCGCUGUACAGCUAUUCCAGUGAGAAAGCACGCGAAAGGCGAACGGCUGCCGCGGCUAGCGAUGGCAUUCAGGCGGGAAACGGUGUCGCUAGAGGUGAUGUACGAUCGCGAAGGAACUCCUCGGUUGCCUCAUCGUCUGCCGAGGGGAGUGAAACGAAUGCUGCGGUCGAUUCGGAGAAUGAGUGUUCCUCUUCUUCGAGUGGCAAAAGGACGCUAGCGAACUGCGUUGAACAUGAGAGUGCGGGCUGUACUACACGCACUGCGAAAGCCAACGAACAGUCGACAGCUGCGGGCAAAGGUGUCGAUGGUCAUUUACCUGCCGAACAGCAGCAGCAGCAGCAAGGGAAAGAGAUGUUAACUCAACUAUCGAUCGAAAUUCCAUCACACUCCGAUAGUGGAGAGCAUCGAAUUCGAACACGUGCAUCUAGUAAAUUGGAGAGUCCUCUAGAAUUGCCACCGCGUCAGAGUCCUUCGGCUUCGGUAAUGGGCCAUGAUUUGCAUGGUUCUUCUGUACCAACCGGAGCAAGUAAUAGCUCCUCCAGCAGCGGCCCAGGAAGCAAUGCAAUAACGUCAGCAUCGAAAACUGGUGCUACCGCAGUGGUUGUCAAUGUGAAGCAGCAUGCAUCUGGUGCAUCAUCCAAUGGUAGUGCUACCGGUGGCAGCGCUGUUGCUGCCUCAACCACUGCCGGUGGUGGUAAUGAUCGUCAAAGUCCAAAAGCGGCUGCAAUGUCUACUAGACCUGCUGCGAAUAAACGGAAACGGCAGGGAUCGGAAAGUUCGAACCAGUCCGGUGUUAGCGAUGAUGUUCCGACACGUGCCAAGAAGUCCCGUAAAGGUGCUGCAGCAGCAACGACGACGGCUGCCGACGCGAAUGCGACCGUUUCGGACACCGCGAAACCUGCGUUACGAAGAUCCGCGGACAAUACUCUCGCCAAGGGUCGCAUAUCGAGAAAAUCGGCUAACGCGGCCGCAGCGGCUGCGGCGGCUGCUGCAGCUGCUGCCGCCGCCACAGCAGCACCAGCAACUGUCACUAUUGAUGCGGACUCCUCCGACAGCGACGAACCGUUGAUUGAAAUUGCGGGUAAAGCUCGAAAUUCUAAACUAACCUCCAAAAUCAGCUCAACUUCUACCACUAGCAAUGCUACUUCUACUUCCUCUACCACCAUACAAUCUCUUACCGCUACUUCUUCUAUUACUACUUCUACUCUCACCUCUGCUACUGCUACCACGACCAUCAAUACUACUAUUCGCAACAAUACCACCACCAACAACAACAACAACAAUACUUCGACUACAAAUUCUGCUUCAUCUUCCACAACCUCCUCGUGUAAAACCAUAGCAACAGCUGCUGCUGCAGGAGAUAGAACUACGGUUUUGUCCGCAGUGCCCCUCGGCGGUACCAGUGAAAGCACGGCCACGUCCACAACGAAUCAGUCGUCAGCGUUGAUGAGUGGUGGUGAGAAAGAAAAGUCACAUCGCAAUCAUCCAAGUAAGAGUGGAUCGAGCGUCAAGCAGGCUGCAAAUGCGGGUGCCGCAUCUUCGUCUUCCAUAGCAACGGCUGAGCAGGUGAGCACGAGUUCAGCAACGGUUGCAUCUUCCACCGCUACCGCCAAUGUUGCUGGUAGCAAUGGUCCCACAAACAACACCAAUUCCGGCAGUGACAACGUUGGAGGAGGUACCCAGAAAUCGGUACCAAACACUGUAACACCGACAACGUCUACGACUGCGUCGGUUACCGAUGAGAAAAUCAGCACUCGCCGUAGCGUACGCAUGACAUCAUCGACACUUUCCACGGCGGCAAUGAACAAUAAGGCCAAAGCAGCCGCAAAUGCGCUGUUGCUUCAGAACGCCACGACACCAGCCACAUCCAACAACAUCGAUAGUAACCAUCACGCUAGUACUGCCGUCCAUAAUAAUGCAGCGAUCGGUGAUGUUGCUGGCAGUGGUUCACCCGCAGUUGGUGGUGCGUCUGUUGGUGUAGCCGGUCAUGUUGGUGGUUCGGGUGGAUCUAGCGGUGCUGCUAAUGCGGUUGCGUCCAGUGGAAUAAUGUCGGGCGGAGCCAAUGGCAACCAUACUGGGAAGGUGGCAAACCAUGUGAAUCACCAUCACGUCGGGACGAGUUUGAAAGGAGCCGCCGGAUCCUCUGGUGGUGUUGAUGGUAAAUCGUCCCUCUUGGCGAACGUUGCCAGCGGUACUGCUGCACAGACAACCGAAAACAGCUCCACCGCCACGGAACUGCGCCGAAAAACGAGAAGUGCAGCUGGUCUCGAAGUUACAGUUACUGAGGGACGUCGAAGAAGGAUCUCCCGAGACAGCAAGUGACCAACAGCUUGCGCCUCAGCCGUUAGUGACGAUGACAAAUACUAUCGGCGUAGGCCUGAAGGUAUCACAAAUUCUUCCUACCACUGUCUGGAUGACCAUCAUCGUGACAAUUGUAUUGUUGCUAUCGAAAACGAACCGUGCUCACCGGAAGCCGUUGCCGUGCAUGGUAGUGAUGGCACUGGAAAUGGGGAGUACUUUAGCAAACGAAACACAGUAACGGGUACUGAGUCGAACGAUGAUGAUGAUCGGAACGACAGUGAUGGGAUAUGGCAUGUCAGUAGUAGUGGUAAGAACCUACACGAUGUUGUCGACGUAAUGCAUACAGCUGAGACGCAGUUACCAGUACGGGAAGCGGUCUUAAAACGGGACAUAAAACAUUCGGAAAAACUUCCACAACAGUGCACCAGCAACGUGGAUGAGCCGCUGAAUGGUGACGCUUCGUUCACGGCGGGAGAAUACGCCACUAGUGCAUUGGCGAUACGCGGUGAUACAGUUGGUACAGGUGACCAAGUAACACCACCACCACCACCACCACAACCGGCAACACCAUCAGCCACGAAGGAACCCGGUGGUAAUGAGGACGAUGAUUCGUAUGCGAGUGAAAUUAUUCUCACCACCAACAGCGACUGCAGUUUGGAUGAGUUUGUGUCUUCAGAUGACGACAGCAAUCUGGAAAUAUCGGUGGUAACUAUUUCGUUGUAUUGAGCUGGUGUGGAUCAGUGCGGUGCGGAACAGAAAAUUGGCUUUUGUCGCAAGGUUGAAUGAGUAGAGACAAAACGUUUAUUUGCAUAUUUAAACCGGCGGGUGAAUUUCCAUUCUUUUGUUCAUUCUUUUGUUAAAAAAAUAACCACUGUGUGUCACCAGAUGUUUGUUGUGUAGUGUGAUUCCGUACAAUUUGUUUUUGUAACAAUUUUCACCAGAUUUUCAUUUCUUUUCUGGUAAUUUUUGUUCGUUUGAUUGUGUUUGUGUGCUUUUUUUUUAAAUAUUUAUGUUUCUUCUUUUUUACGACAAAUUGACAUCGUUCUCGAAUCUAUUGUGGUCCCAAAUCACACAACAUCGGCUUAUCUUAUCCGAGGAAGAUGAAUUUUUGGGGAGGUUAAUGAACGCAAGGAUGUACACCAAACAAGUCGAAACAUGCAAAACUUUUGAACAAAAUUUGGAUAGGCGUUAUAACAAUGGCAGCAAACAUAUGGCUUAAACAUAAGAAUGUUGCUGGUUUAAAAAAAGUGUCUUAUAUAUAACAGAUUAGGGAAUAAGAAUUGAGAGAGAAAGAGAGCGAGAAAGAGAAAGAAAUGUGCUGCACAUGAACCAAGACAAAUUAGGACGAACACAAAUACUAUCGUGGAGAUUUUCUUUCUUUUCUAUUUUGUUGUAACGGUCACGAUUGUGAUUGCACGAAUGUAGAUGUCACAAAAUGUACUAUUUAUUAUUUUGCACACAUGCACUAAUGUUUGUAAUUUUUGGUCUAUUUUAUCUAAACAGACUAUCGACUUAAAAAGCUUUGCUUUUGAUGUGUUGUUUACGUACCUGUCGAAGAAGGAAUGAAGAGCCAUUGUUUUCUUUUUGCUUUGGCAAAAAUCCUACAUCUCGUUGUUUUUGAAAGGCUUCAAUUUGUUGAACUUCCUUGUAUUUCGAUUUUCCAUUGCCCUCUCUGUUUUAGAACUCCCUUUAUGCUUUAGGUCUUUUAAUUCCUACGUUUUGAUCUCAAGGAUGUUAGAGGAUUAAUGUUUUUGGUUCAGCAAUACAGAACACACUCUAAAACACACAGAUAUAUUAUAUACAGGAGAAGUGGAAAAGAACUAUUCUUACGGAAUCACACCCCGGAUAAUGUAAAGACAAUGCAAAACCAUUGCAAAGGAGCUGUUUGGAAGAGUUUAACAAAAGUUGCACUGUUGCUUGAAAAAAAAAUUACUCGAAUCGUUUGUCAUAAUAACGAAGAACCAUGUGCAAUAAAUAGUCCACGGGAAAUUUCGAUUCGAAAUCCCCGGGAAUUUGGGCGAGGUAUUAGAUUGUAAACCAACUGCCGUGCGAAGAAGAACCAUCUUGUUUGUGUAUGCGAACGAUAUUUUGAGGUGCCUCUGUACCAAAUUAUUCAGCAAUAUCGCUACCUUUUAAACCAGCACAAACCUUCAUCCAUCCAACAAAUGGUUGAAUGGGAACUCUGGUUGACGAAGAUGAUAGUGGAGGAUGUUUUUACAGACUCCCUGGGAGCGCGCAUAGCAAGGGCGUCUGUGUCAGCAAGAUGGAAUAGAGCUGUGUAACAAAGGAUCAAGGAAGAGUUGCUUAGGAAAGGUUCAGAAAAAUUGAAAGUGUGACAAAAAGUAAAAUGGGGUAGGAAGCGUAGGAGGUAAAAAUAUAAAUAAGUUGUAAUAACAAACCCACACACCGACACACAACACGUCCACCACACAACAAAACACAAAAACCCACACACCUUAAAUAUUCGCUAUUCUCCGGCACACCAGUGUUAGGGCAAGACAACACGAGAUUUGCUUGUUUAGUGCACCUGUAAUGAGCGAUUUAGAGAGAAGAAAUGAUAGUUUAAAAUAAUUUAUCCGUAUUAUGUUUAGUUGAAUGUGUGUGUGUGUGUGUGCGUUUUGGGUACUGCCCGGAAGCUAGUUUUGAUGUAUGGUGGUGUAAACGCAAGCGGAUGUAGAAUUAGUUUCGUCGGGUUUCGUCGGUGCAUCAGUUAGUCAGUCAGUCAGUGAACUAGUAGAGAGCAAAAGAGAGUGAUCAAGGAUCGUUCUGAUGUAUGGUGUAUGGCGAUGAAAGACAAAGCGGAUGAGGGGGGGUCGGAAUAGGAAGGAAAGCAGGAGAGAUAUAAUGCUAAUGAAAAUGCAGGAAUGCUGCAGAGCUUAAAAUUUGAUUGUAUAUAUAGAAAUUAUUAUCAAGUAUAGGUGCACAGCAACAACAACACAUAACAAUUGUGCAGGACAUCCGUACCAAGGACGGACACACUGAGUUUUCCACCCAUCACCCUUCCUUCAAUCUAUGUUUAGUAAACCCCAGCAGUAUACAGACAAACACCAUCAAGGCGCGCUUCAUAACUACUACUACUACAACUACUACACACGUACACUAUUAAACCAUUCGUUCACUAAAAACAAAAGUUCGGCGGAGAAUGAGAAUAAUGGUGGUGAUGUGGAGGAUUUUUGUGCAUCAUUCCUGCAUCGACAACACAACUCCUCUUAAGUGCGCACUUGGAGUAUAUGUUGAAUGUGGACGACGUUCAAGAGAGGAAAAAGGAAGACAAAACCGUUCAUAAUUCGUUUCGCGCAGUUUAGUGCACACGUGCAGAGACAGGACAACUACAACACACUCGUACACAUCUAUCCAGAUGCGUGUUUAUGUAUGACAUGGGUGGAUAACGUUAUAGGACGAUAAGAAAGAAGUAGUAGGUUAUUCUCUUAGUUAAGAAGUUACAACAAGAUUUUCCAUCACACUCCAUUGGUCGUAUUUUGUUCCAGGAUGCUACAUAUAACAUGAAAAUAAGCAGGAGAAGAAUGAUCAAUCAUGUUGUAGCAAGGAGUCUUGUACCAAUGACGGUUUUUCUCAUACUUUUGUGACCUUGUGCUCUACUACUUGUGUAGACUUUCUCAGUUAGUGGAAAAGAAAUGAUCGGUUAUCUUUUACCUGUGUGCGUGUUUGAAACGCAUCACACACCGUUCUGGCGAAAUGUAGUGCUCUCUAUAUAUUUAGCUAGUGAUGAGUGAGUCGACCCAAUCCUACCGGGUCGGAGCCAUCAGUAAUUGACCUGAAGCAAGAAAACGUAAGCGACUCUGACCCAUGGGUCCAGCGAGUUUGUACCGGAAUUGUGUCGAAGUAGGUACGGCCGGGUUCAAGAAGGUGCAAGAAAACAUCCAACCAACUAACCAAAACUAGUUCGACCCGAUGCUUUCCUGUAUCUACCGGAUCUACUGAACCUAAUUCAACCCGAUUCUGAUCCGAACUCGUUGCCCCAACGGGUCGGACUCGAUUCCGAUUCGGACCUAGUUAAUCCGCUGCGUUCUCGGUUCGGAAUCGAUUCCGGAUCGAGUCGUGAUGAAGGGAAUCGUAUGACCCAUCACUAAUUUUAACCUAUUUGAUCGUCAGUUUCGUAAUUUUCUUUCCGUAAUGGUUUGCAUAUUCCAGCAUUCCAGCCCGGCCCGGAACAAUUUCCCCGAUUUGUGUUGCAGUUGUUCGAUACUUUUGCGAUUGCUGUUUUGUUUAUGAACACAAAUAUUGCGUAUAGCCAUACUUGUUAUGUGUGUUUGUAAGCCCCCUGCCACAUAACCAUUUGCUGGUAAGAUCGGACCAAAAACUCGGAAUGAAGAAACCAAGCCACCCGGAUAGAAGUAAAUAGUAGACGAAUGCGUGCGCCCUGUUUGUAGUCAAACGGUGGUAACGGGUUUAUACAUUCGAUAGUACUCACCUCUUCUCUUUGGAACUCGGUUCUGGAAGCUCGGCGUGCAGAAAAAAGAACAGGUACACCUGUGGAAGCAUUUAGAUAAGUUUAGCGAGGAGAGGAAGAUCGUGAGGUCCCUACGGCUUUUGAAACCAUUAUUGUCUCAUCGUUGUGUACAUUGUUGAUCUUUGUAGAUUUUCAUCGGAGUUUUUAUAUGUUGCUGUAAAAUAUAAUUUCCUUUGCCAUACAAACACAAUAGUGUCGCAAAAGCACUUAAGGCACGGUCCGAUAGUAGCGCAUCGUACGCCGAAUAGUUUAAUGCAAAGUCACACAGGUUGCGAAGAAAGGAAGAGAGACAUCCGCGGAUGUGUUUGCCGAUUGUCGAUCAAUUCGAGCAUUGAUUUCUGGUGUGCAGGAAAAUCAAGAUCAUACCUCCAAACCGACAUCCGGGCAUGAAAAGGGAUUCGAAAAAGUUCAGGAAGCGCAAAACGUAAUGCAAUGGCAAAGAAGAUAAUUAACAUUCACAUACCGACCGACAAACGUACAUAACCUCCCUCCUUACACCACUAUCACCACCAACCCCAGCCGGAAACGGAAAGGAAUAAUUUAAACAAUGUUUCGUGCAUAUUUAUACAUAUGUAUAUGCUAGUAAUUACCAUGUACCGUAUGUAUAUAUAUGUAUCGCAUAAGCAAGCGGAAAGUGAAAUGCAAAUGAGAGAGAGAGCAGAACCUUUAAGUGACGAAUGGUAAAUAAGCUAGUAAGCAUUGUAAGUAUGAUAAUACAACGGUUACACACAAUCUAGAAGCGGCUAAACACGAGCAUAUGAGUAAAGCAGUGCAUAUAUAAGUCCCCCCCGUAAAAAGUACACCUCUCGGAUACUACCGUUCGACAUGCAUACACACACACACACACAUACACGCCCCCUCCCCCCAUCCGUUCAUGCAAGUGAAAAGUAAGAAAAAAACAUUGUAAUAUUUGUAGAUUUGUUUGUGAACAGGUUGGAUAAUCUAAGCUCUAUACAUAUAAAUAUUGUUGAAUAGAUAUAUCAUACAAUUGUGUUAAAAAAAAGAAAGCAGAAAAAGUUGUUUUAUUUUAAAAAAAGAAGAAGUACACAAAAACCUGGAUAAUAAUGAAUAAAACAGAAAUAAAUGAGUAAUGAAACAAAACC